AUGACCGAUGCAGUGGAGAUGCAGAGUGAUGAGAUUCUGAUGGUCAUUUGGCUUCUGGGGAUGUAUGAGAUGCUCACUUCGGGCAGGCGCGAUGGCUCUUGGAUCACACACAUACAGGGUACACAGUCCGUGAUCGCACAUAGAGAUAAGAAACAUUUGACAGAUGGCGAUCAUUAUCUAGCUAUUCUAUGUAUGAAUAUGGUUAUAUACUACCUGGCCGAGGCUAAAUCCCCUCCAGCACACCUACGACAUUGGAUACAGCAGAUUCCAUUCCCAAAGGACUUCAAGAAACAACUCGUCUCCACCAUGGCUGAAGCAGCAACAGCAUGUGCAAACUUACGAGAGCGGGCAAUUCGCAGGGCCACCAACAACACUGACGACUUGAUCUCAGCCGAUCUCAUACUCGUGCAGGACGCGCUUGCUGUGGAUCUCAAGCUCCAAUCUUGGGGUCACUCGCUAGACCCCGACUGGUCACAUAUAUCAACACAUCCUAUCACCAAUGAGAACCGUCCAUCAUGGGUCAGAGAACUCCUCGCCUCCGCCGGUGCACCCGAGUACUCUACCCGAUACUCGAAUCGCCUCGCCGUAUGCGAUUGGAACAGCUGCCGAGCCACACGAAUCAGACUCCAUCAAGAGAUUAUCUCAUUUAUAUCCACGUUUCUGUCUCCGAUACAUGCUUUAAACACGAUCAAGUCGCAUAGUCUGGUACUGCUCAUCACUCUGGCCGACGAAAUUGCUUGCUCCGUGCCUUAUGCUCUUACCAUCUCACCCGAUGGUACAUCUGACCUUGCCACUCCGGAGGAAGUUCCUGGGGGCAGGACUUUGCUCAAAGAGCUCAGUGGUUUCGAACGAUACUGA